AUGGCGAAAAGAAAAAGUUGGGUAUGGGAUUAUGCUAAACGUGAAGGUGAUCGCGCCUUUUGCGAUUUAUGUGACGAUAAAAGCAAUAAUGAAUAUUCUUGUGUAGGCGGCACUACUGGGUCUUUAAUAAGGCAUUUACAAAAUUUCCAUGGUAUUAAACCUUCAGAAGAUUCUAUAAGAAAGAGGUCUCAAUUGGGGUCUAAUCAUCCAUAUAAUGAUACCCAAGAAGUUAUAAGGUCUGGUAGUUCUGAACAUGAAAAUAAUACAACUUCCAUCAAUCAAGAUGAUGACACAAAUCUAGUUAAUAAUGCUAAUACAUCUUCCUCAAGAUUAGAAAAUAAUGAGGAAUCAAAAUCUAGAAAGCGUCGUCGUAUUUCUAAAAAAUGUGGGUCUAAUAGUGAUCGUGAAUGUAAUUAUGAAAAAACAGAACAAAUUCAUCAAGCACUGGCUAUAUUAAUUGCAAUGAAUCAGUUACCUUUAUCAUUUUGCUCGAGCCCUGGAUUUUGUCAGUUCAUGGCUGUUGUGGAGCCGAAUUAUAAAAUAUGUAGAGAUCAAGCAAUGAAAAAAAGACUACAUGCAUUGAAGUCAAACGUUGAGGACAAAAUAAAAAAUGAAUUGCAAAAUGUGAAAAAUGUAGUUUGCACCACUGACGGUUGGUCUUCAAUAGCUCAAAACUCAUAUAUAUCGUUAACUGCUCACAUAAUCGAUAACCAAUGGUCACCAAAGUCAUUUACUUUAGCCACACAAGAAAUGACAGAACGUCACACAGCAGUAAAUCUAGCCGAAAAUUUAACUUGUAUUUUUGAAAAUUGGGAAAUUAAUGACAAUGAAAAUAUGGAUGUGACAUGUGCAGCUCACAGUUUACAAUUAGCCAUUAAUGUUGCAAUAAAACAAGAAAUAUUUUCAGAUAUAAUAAAACAGUGUAGUGCUGUAGUUGGACAUUUCAAACACUCGAAUGUAGCCAAACAGUCAUUAUUCAACAAACAAGAACAGCUAGGACUUCUGCAUCAAUCAUUAGUGCAAUGCUGUAAGACACGAUGGAACUCAGUAUAUUUAAUGUUAGACCGCCUUUUAAAAAACAGAAGUCCAGUUUCAAAUGUAUUGGCAGAUAGAACAGUCACGUCUUUUUACAUUGCGCAAAAAUUAGAAAUAACUGAAUCCCAAUGGAUAAAAAUAGAAAAUCUCAUAAGUCUCCUCAAGCCGUUAUAUGUUGUAACAAAUCUAUUUUGUUCGGAGAACCAUUCGCCAGCGUCAAUGGUUAUACCAUUAUUAUCAAAAUUAUUGGAUUGCCAUUUUAAGCAUAAAGCAGCCGAUGAUCAAUAUAUCACUGAUUUCAAAAAUACAAUUAUAUUUGAAAUUAAAGAACGAUUCAAAUUUGAACGUAAUGAAACAAGUUCUGUCUCUGUCAGACAAAUUGCAUCCUUUCUAGAUCCUCGAUAUAAAGAUUUAGAGUUUGAACCCAAUUUUAUGAGAGACAAAAUUCGUAUGGCUGUAGAAGAUUUGCUAGAAAGAUUUGACGAACAAGAAAUUAAUUUAGAACAAAUCCCACCAGUUCAAAGUGAUCUUGAGUAUUUAUACGGAAAUACAAUAACAGCUGAUGAUAAUUUAACUAAUCAACUUCAAAUUUACAUUGCUGAACCUCCAUUACGUUUCGAUCAAAAUCCAUAUGAAUGGUGGAAAUUGAGAGAAAAUAAAUAUUCAACUCUUGCAGUAUUAGCAAAACAAUAUCUCGCUAUUCCUGCUACAUCAGUGAGCUCCGAGAGAUGUUUCUCCACUGCUGGAAAUAUAGUGACAUCUAAAAGAAGCUGUUUAUUGACAAAAAAUGUUAAUAUGCUGACAUUUUUGUUCCAAAAUAAAAAAUUAUUAGUUUAA